AUGACACAACGCAAAGGCGAGAAACCCACCAUCAGCAUCCAGGAGCACAUGGCCAUUGACGUGUGCCCCGGCCCCAUCCAGCCCAUCAAGCAGAUCUCCGACUACUUCCCCCGUUACCCCCGGGGUGUCCCCCCCUCGGCGCCCCAGCUAGUGGGCAAAGCCGGGCCCCCGAGCUCCUCUGCCCUCUCCAGCUCCCCGGCCACCACCUCCACCACCUCCACAACCUCCUCCACUAGUGCCGAAAGUGAGCGCCCCAAUGAGGAUAAACCGGACCGGGCUUUUGCCGGAGCCUCCGCCUCCUUACAGGCCACCAGGAGGGACGAGGAGCCCGACGUGGAGGGCUACGACUCCGACGACUCCACUACGUUGGGGACAUUGGACUUCAGUUUGCAGUAUGACCAGGAGAACAAUGCACUGCACUGCACCAUUAACAAAGCCAAGCUUCCCGUCCCCAGAUACAAGAAGGGGCUCAAGCCAAUGGACCAUAAUGGGCUUUCCGACCCUUACGUCAAGUUGCACCUACUGCCCGGAGCCAGCAAGGCCAAUAAACUCCGAACCAAGACCCUGCACAACACACUCAACCCCGUCUGGAGCGAGACCUUGACCUACUACGGCAUCACCGAUGAGGAUAUGGUCCGGAAAACACUCAGGAUUUCCGUGUGUGAUGAGGACAAAUUCAGACACAACGAGUUCAUCGGGGAAACGCGAAUCCCCCUGAAGAAGUUGAAGCCCAACCAAAUCAAAAACUUUAACAACUGCCUGGAGAAACAGCUGCCGGUCAACAAGACGGAAGACAAGUCCCUGGAGGAGCGAGGACGCAUCAUGAUCUCUCUGAAGUACAACACCCAGAAGUCGUGUCUGGUGGUGGGGAUCAUCCGCUGCGCUCACCUCGCCGCCAUGGACGCCAACGGCUUCUCCGACCCCUACGUCAAAACGUACCUGAAGCCUGACGAGAACAAAAAGUCAAAGCACAAGACGGCUGUGAAGAAGAAGACGCUCAAUCCAGAGUUCAACGAGGAGUUCUGUUACGACAUUAAAUAUGCAGACCUCACCAAGAAGACGUUGGAGGUGACGGUGUGGGACUACGACAUCGGGAAGUCCAACGAUUUCAUAGGUGGGGUAUCUCUGGGUAUCAAUGCAAACGGAGAGAGGCUCAAACACUGGUUUGACUGCCUUAAAAACAAGGACAAGAAAAUUGAGCGCUGGCACACGCUGACCAAUGAAUUACCCGGUUCAUUAAAUGACUGAAGACCCAAAACCUGUCAUCCCAUAUGUCGUCCUACCCUACUCUCCUCUUGCUGCACCACAUAGGACUCCUGCCGUCAUUUACCCCCUCCUCCUCGCAUCUCUUCUUCUCUGGAUUUCCGUCCGUGUCGGCCGCAGUGACGUGCGACACGUCUUUGGGAAUUGAUUUCCUCUCAACAGGGCUCAGUUAAAAGUAUAUCCUUACGUUUGUGUUUACAUGUACAGAGGGGGUUGCACGGAUGCUUUUUUAAUUUAUUUUCUCAAGAUCAAUCAACAAAAUGAAACGUGGGGAUUGUAGGGUUGGAUUGUGACACUUUCUACAGCAGCUGAAUGAUUUACCAAUAAUUCCUUGGAAAACAAAGGCACAAACAGAGGUUCACCGUGAGGGUAAAAGAGUUGGAGGGUCUACCAAAGGAUGAGGCAACAUGUUAGAGUAUGCAGGAAUAGAAGAUGUUGCACUUUAAUAAGAUUAUAAAACUGUUGGGGAGCUGCAGAGCCAAUACACUCAGUUUGUUUUAGAAAAUCUGGAGCAUUUAGACUUUAAUUCGACUCCUUUGGCCCGGUGAGAAUAAUGUCCUAACCCACUUAAAAUACUGAACAAGCAAGGAGCUCAGUAUACUUCAAACUAACUCAAUCAAACAGAGAACGUUCAGUAAAUCUCCACACAUGACACGUUCAAAUCUGCUUAAAAUGAUGAGUUUGAGUGCAAAGAAAGCAGUCAUGACUUCAGAGAGUAAGGGUGUUUGGACUUUGACAUGCUGCUAUUUGCUUUUCAUUUCCUAUGAACGCUAUUUAACCGUGUCUAUUCCCUAGCUUGUGUGCCUAAACCAACCUGUCCCCAUUUCCAAACCCCAGGGUUAGAACCAUCAUGCCCUCAAUUCCUCCCCAUGGACUUCCCAAUCCCUCUCCAAAUAAUCUGUGUAGAUUUGUUGAGUCGUCCAAAUGGGAAAAUGGCAGACACGUUUAAGCGGUCCUUCCAUGAAUGCAUUUGUGGUGAUAUUUAUGUAGGAAAAAGUGAUAAUUUUGAAAAAAUAAUCUGACAUUUUUAAAAGCCGAAAUUUGGAAAAUAAAACAAAAAGGAAAAAAAGUUUGAUUUUUUAAAUAUGAUGAUUAGGGCCACAUGAAGAAGGAGCUAGAAUAAUGAGGAAAUAGCGGGAAAAAAGUCAAAUCUUACUUGAGAUAAAGAUGUAUACAAGCACAUUUAAAACCCCUGACGAUGCACGGUGAUUUAUGACAAUAGGAAGAAUGUGACAACAAAAGUAAGCAUUAGAAAAGAUCCCCAUGCAUGCUUUGGACUAUAUUGACGUUUUGCAAAAGGAAAAUCUCUCUUUGGUCACACUAUCCAUACCAUCCGGGUCUCAUACUGUUCCACCAUGAGAAACUGGUUUGAAGUAUACUGAGGUCUUCACCAUUCAAGUAAGCUGCAGAGCAGAGACUACAAAGACAGACCAAAAACAAUCCCUAAAUACGAUUCUCAACGGAUAUAAGGAGACAGAUAUAGGCCGUCAUGGUAGAUUGUAUUGACCAGAGUGAUACAAAAACUCAACUUACAGUAAGUAUUCAUGACGUUAGAAACCCUAAAUGCCUCUGCAUAAACUAAUCAAUAUGAGACAAGGCUGGGUAUCAUACAGUAGCACCGCUCACAGAUCCUCAGUGCAACCCCUGGUCUAUAGAGCUGCCCAGCUUUGUGGUGGUCCGGAUGUCAAGGCUCAAAAAGUGGUUUCCCUAGUACUAACAUUAGCAUUAGCACUAGCAUUAGCUAGCACUAGCAUUAGCAUUAGCAUUAGCAUUAUCACUAACUAUUAUUGCUGGGGUUUACACACAUCUACAUGUUAUAGUCACAUACAUUAACAAUCGAGGGUGGGAGCAAGACUAAAGUUAUCCUCCUUUCAACUAUAAACAAGCCAAACACCAAAUAAACAAUCAACCAAAUCCCAGAGAAAUAAAAACACACUUCUAACAGAAUUAAAUAGAGAGUAAUUCAUGACACACAAAAGUCCUCAUCUGAAAACCCCUUAACGGUUAAGUGAAGUCUCUUAAUGCCUGGUGAAACACACUUGUUGAACCACAACAACACAGCAUGAUUGGGCAGCUCUACAGCAUU